UGCUAAGAAUUGGAAAAAUUUGUGUAGCUUUUGAGCCAAAUUUGUAUAGGAGUGUACUGCUGGUGGUGUGGAAGAUGGCCCCAACGACAAGAAGAUUACACUUAAAUAGUCACAACAGUGCAUGGAAUGCAUGUUGCUGCAAAUUAAAACAUCUGGAUUCGUCGUUGGGGUAGAUUUUGACCAAAAUGUGCCAACAAGGACGAGCAAAAAAGUACGAAGAUGAAAGGCUGCUGUCGUAGGAACGAAUAGCCACAACAGUACAUGGUGUGCUUAUUCCUCGAAAUGAAAACAUCUGGAUUAGUCAUCUGGAUCAAAUUUCACCCAAAAUGUGCUAACAAAGACAAGGAAAGUGUAAAAAUUUGAUAGGCAAUUUGUCACAUUAGUCAUAACACUUCAUGGUAUGCUUUUUGCACAGAAUGAAAAUAUGUGGAUUCGUUUUCUGGAUCGAUUUUGACCCAACAGUGUACAAACUUAGACGAGGAAAGUGUAAGAAGAGGCUGUAUUUGGAAGGAAUAGUCACAACAGUGCAUUGUAUGCUUGUUGCUAGGAAUGUAAACAUCUGGAUUUGUCGUCGGGAUCCAUUUUGACCCAAAAUGUGCCAACAAAGACGAGGAAAGUGUAAGAAGAUGAUAGGCUGUUUGCUGUAUUAGGAAGGAAUAGUCACAACAGCGCAUGGUAUGCUGCUUGUUAGGAUUUUAAUACAGCUGGAUUCAUCGUUCAGCAUUCAUGGCCCAGGGGCCAUUUUCGUCUCGCAGCUCGUUUUUUGACACUCGGCAUAUAGUAAAAAUAAAAUGAACUGAUCAAAUGUUAGAUAUGAUAAUUUGCUUUGGCAGCUAUAACACAAAGCUAAGAUGCUUUGCUUGGAUAGUUUUGCAUAUAUUGACCUACAUUGCAUUGUUUUUAGCAUCUUUAAUGUAAAAAAAUGUAUCACUCCCCCCAUUGACAAUUUAACAGCGUUUAUUGUUGUUUUCUGUAUCAUACUGAGAUGCUCGGGAAAAAAUGUAUUUCACUCUUUUUCUUUGUAUCGAAAAAUGUCCAAAUGUUCCAGCUGCUCGUGAACAAGACAACAUUUUAGGAUACAUACCAACGUUGAGUCUGUGUGCCAAUCAUGUGAUGAACGUUUUCCUGAAGGGAGUGGACUAUUCUGAGAACACAAGGAGGCGACGUCAAGAACGCUGACAGCUUCUUCCAGCAUGACGGAUGUGAGACGCCACAGGAACAAAGACGACCAUAUUUGGAAAGGAAACCUAAAAACGUCGGAACACUUUCUCUUUUCCGGUCCAUAAAGGCAUUCAUGGAGGAGUUUGGGGUGGAAGAACACCUCUCUGAGCUCCAACCUCUGAUCUCACAAAUGGACAUACACAAAAAUCGGGUGGAAAGUCUUCCCAGAUAAGUGGACGCUGUUCCCAAGGCAAAGACUCUCCCGCUUUCUUCACUUUUCACUUCUUGUAGCUGGCCCAAUACUUUUGUCCAGAUAUCCUUUCAGACACAAAGACAAGCAGAAUUAUUUUUUGACAUUUAUUUGCAGUGAAAUCUACAGACAUGAAAAUAAACAGUCUUGACAAGAAGAAGAGGACAGACGAUGGAAAUUGUCUUCAUGUCUCCCCUGCAGGAUGUCCUCACAAGUGAGACACAUGAGUAUUUGCAGUGUGUGUGAGUGAGAGAGCCUCAAGUGCACAGUGAGGAGAUGCUCUGUCUCUGAGAGGAGAUACUGCAGAUCUCCAUGUUGGUGAAGGAGCUGCGACCUUCACUGCCACACUCUGGCAGCGAGGAAGACGAGCAUGAGGACGAGGAAGAGAUGAUGUUCUUCAGCCGGUGGAGGGCGAUGACGAGCAGGCUGAGCAGGAGCAGCAGGAGGCCGAGGAAGAGCCAAACGUAAACGUAGACGCUCCCGCCCCGGCCCGGCGACGAGGCGGCGGCCCACGUAGAAUGGGACGUCGGCGAGAGGCGGAGGAAGGUUCCGUUUUCCGCUGAGGAGGUUGUGGUUUCGUUGUUGCCUGCGGUGACCGCAUCCAUCCCUGACAUCCCAGCUGGAGUCUACAGGGGAGAGAGGACACAUAAAUCUUGUAAGAAGACAUGUCAUUUAAAUAACUACAUUUCACUGAGGAGAGAGCAGACACCCAGCAAGGCACAAGUGUCCUAAUUGGGAUCAGCGCCAAGUCAAUCCACACUUUUUGUAUAUGUCAGUAUAAAAAAAAUUACUAAAUUUCAGAAAAUCUGUCAUCUUUCAUAAUAUUUUUAUAAUAGUUUUUUGAAGGUUUUUUUAUUUUUAUUUUUUUUAUUGUUUAAAAUGUAAUUUCUGUGACUUGAAAGGCAACUUGUUGCUAUUAAGAUCACGGCCAGCAGGGGGAGCGCUUGUCAAAUAAAAUCCCAUCAGGAGGCUCCUGUCCUUACGGGUUGUACUUUUCUUUGAUGGACUUCCUUCUCCGGUCGUCCUCUGAUCUUCUUCACUUUAUUAUCUGUGCUAGAGCAAGAAGCUUAUUGAUUCUGAAGGAUGCCUCAGCCAAGGCGGCCGAGAAAGCUGGGCUCGGAGGUUAGGUGAGUAGGAAUACCACGUGAUACACUUUGUAUAUUUAGCUACGCUAGGAAAAGAAGCCUAAUGAUUUUGAACAGUUACAUAGCCAUGGUUCAUUCAGGGAUGUUGUCCUGUAUCAGACUAGGAACCCUGUUGAUUUUGAUUUGUCAGGGGUGAGCUGAAAUAGCUGGGAACACUUGUUUUUGAAAGGUAUUCAACAUAGAUUGGCUAAGUACUGUACAUGUACUCUCUCACUUGUCGACUAGUUCCAGAGGUUGGUUUUGGAAUUGUCACUUCCUGUUUCCUGUUUGUUUUUAAAUGUCUUCCUCUCAUCUCUCAGGUUGUCUUCAGGUCCAAAAACAAAACAAAUGAAUACUUUGCUAUUGUGUUACUGCUCAUCAACAUCUCACCAUCAGCACCAGCUGUCACAUGACCUCAGUGUGUCUCUUUGGCUCCUCCCCUCCGCCGUCCUUCCCGCCCGCGCUGAGUCGCCCGUUCUUUGAUUCCCUGUGAUCCCGUUGCUUCAUUGUCAGCUGAAGUGUUUGAUAAUUGUGCUUAAUGAGGCUUUUUGUCGCGUAGCAACAAGGUGCGGGUCACUGCUUUUACACGCAGAGCUGCAGGCCCACACGUGCACACUCACAUGCGCAUUGUUUGUUUGUUUGUUUGUUUGUUUGUUUGUUUGAUGACCAGGACCUCAUCUCAGUCAGACUCUCCUUGGUCUCUCAGCAUUCACACAGGGGACGGAAUCAUCCUGUUUUCAUGUCAUUCAUUUCAGUGGCUACGCUUACCUCUCAGCAUGUCACCCGCCUAUGAAGCUACACGCAUCUCUCAGCGUGGAGUGCACGCGUGUAGCUGCAUGCUCAUCUCAGCAUUUGACAUGUCACAUGUCACAUGUGACUACCGUGCAGACACCUAUCCUCAUGUGUUGCACAUGUGAUUAGCUCACUGCAGUCAUCUCUCAUCGUGCUAUUCAGACGUGACUGAGUGCUUUGAACAGGACACUCGACGCUCAAUUCUUCGGAUGUUAUACUCGUAUGAUGUUCAUCCUCAAUCAUCUCUCAGCAUUUCACCCACUUGAAGGGCUCCACUCAUCCCUCAGCAUGUUGUGCUCUCGUGCGACGUAACGCGUCUCUCUAACACGUCAUGUAAGGGGACAGGACCCUCAUCUCUUAGCAUGUUGUGCACGUGCGUGACUGCACACUCAGCAUGUCUAACGAAGGCUUUUUUUUGAUAGCACUGUCAUCUCAGCUUGUUGUGCACACAAGUGACUGCACGUUCUCAAUCAUCUCUCAGCAUUUCACUCAUUUGAGUGACUCAACUCAUCUCUCAGCAUGUCUUACAAGGGUGUCUUGAUUGGACUCUCAUUUUUUAGUACGCUGUGCAAACAGGUGACUGCCCGUGCUCAAUCAUCUCUCAGCAUGUCACUCAUUUGAGUGACUCAACUCAUCUCUCAGCAUGCCUUACGAGGGUGUUUUUGAUAGGACUCUCUCAGCACCUCGUGCGCACAAGUGACUCUCCGUCAUCUCUCAGCAUUUCCCGCAAUGGAGUGACUCCACUCACCUCUCAGCAUGUUGUGGAUGAGUGUAGUUGGGUCAUCAUCGCUCGACGUGUUAUUCACAUGUGACUCAGACAGUAAUCUUAAUCUUCUCUCAGUAUUCGACUCAUUUGAUGGACUACUGUUGCCCGCCGUACAAGAGUGUGACUUAACACAUCCAUUCACGUGACUCCACUCAUUCCUCAGCACGUACUGUAUAAAUGAUCAUGAAAUAAGCAUUGCUCUUCCUCUUUAGACAUCAUUGAAGUCCAUGCAAGUGGUGUUUGUAACGUAGUUGGAAUGUAGUUUCGUGCGCGUGUGUUGUCAAGCUGCUAUUAAAGGAUUUGUUCUCCAGCGUGAGCAAACAUGAAGUCAACGUUCUCCUGAGAGAACGCUUGAUGAAUAAUGGAGACGACUGAUGUGCGACAAAAUGUCAUGACAUUUAGUGCGUGUGUGUUCGUGUGUGAGACACCAUCCGUCCCAAUAUCCGCUCACUAAAUACCAGAUAAUGUCAUGCAUACGCUAGGGACCGACCUCGUCUGACCAACAACAAAUGUCUGCAUUAUAGCUACAAUAAAGUGACGAUAAAGUUGAGUAUUGAUAGACACUGUCGGUUAACGCGGAUUAUUUUCUACUGUAUCACACUUUGGCCGGUUUCUAAUCAUUUCACACCCUCGCCCUAUCCGAAAUUUUAGAAACACAACAACAAACCUCGGGAGGUGCUCACAUGAUGUAUGUAAACGUACACGCGGCUUCAAGAAAGAAAAGACGGGAAAGUAGUUGAACAAACCUCGUUAGUCGUCGGGCAGCCUCACGUACGUCGCUCACGCAAACAAACACCAUCCAUCUCGUUGGGUCUUCUCGUCCUCUGCCCAGACGCACUCAUACGCUCCUCUUCCUCUCUCUCUCCCACCCAGCACACACACACACACACACACACACACACGCGCGAGCACGCAGAGUGUAGUUGAUGAAGGAUGAGUUUGAUAAGCAGUGAAGGAGGAGUGUGUGCGCGCGCUGCUUUCAUAUCUUCAUCAUCAUUACAAUAACUAUCCCAUCACCUGUCACAUGUCUCAGUACACGCACGCACACACACACACACACAGUGUGUCGUUUGGCAAUGAUAAAAACAAAAAGAUUUCCAUCAGGACGUCAGGCAGUGUGAGCUGUAGAGGGAAAAGCCAUAAAAGGAAAACAGGAAGUGAAGUGGUCACAUGCAUAUUAUUUUAAUUGCAGUGCCGUUAAUUGACCUUGACCGCCAUGCUAAUGAUCACAUGUUCCCUUCACGGGCUUCCUAGUCUCACCAAACGCACAUGCACGCACAGCAGUAAUCCUGACUGAGUAGUGCGUAUGCGCGCGCGCGCGUGUGUGUAUGUGUGUGUGUUUAUGACACUGAAAGAGGAUGAUAAGAGUUUUUGGCCCUCGUUUUCGUUUCGUCUCAAUUCCCAAAUGAAGCUGAGACAUGGCCACUGAUUCCCUGUCAUUCCCUGAUAUUCCAUCCUCUCCGGAGUCCGCAUGUCGCUGCACUGCAUGCGUCACGUGGACUAGACCUUAAUGUUGGCAUUAAAAGUGUUCGUCAGCCAUUCUGUAUUCCUCUCAGAGUUGCCACAAUAGUGUAUUUGGAAGUGUGUUAGCAUUGGUGCUGGAAUGUAGACUGUUUCAAAGUGUUUUUCGUAAGCCCUACUCUGUGUGUGUGUGUGUGUGUGUGUGUGUGUGUGUGUGUGUGUGUGUGUGGUUUUAAUGCUAAUGAAUUGUGUUUGUCUCCAAUAGUGUGUACCUCCAAGAAGCACUAUCAUGUACUUGGUCCACUUUUGACAUACACACUGUAACUCUGCAACUGCAACAUUAAGGAGUGGGACAGGAGGACUAGGAGCCAUGUGCUGCUGAAGUGCUAACAUCAUGUUAGGCUAGCUUAUUCGCUGCAGAAAAACAAAAUGAUCAACCUUACAACUUACACUCGGCAGGCCCAAAGUGGGUGUAUGCGAGGGGUAUGCGUACCCCUAGGGGUACACCAAUUGUCGUAGGAGGUACGUGAAAAACAAUUAGCGCCUAACACACAGUUGGAACCGCUAACAUCAAGUACUGCUGAGGUCGUACAGUUUGGAAUAUGGACAACAUUUUUCAAGUGUACCAUCACUUCACAUCCACAUCACACACAAAGACAAACGUUAGCACUGUAGCUCACACGGCUAUGCUAGUGUUGCUAGCGUUACAUCGUACGUCACAUUUUAACAGCAGCAUCAUGCUAGGUUAGCCUAUUUGCAGAAGAAAGACAACAUGAUCACACUUAUAGCCCUCGUGUCUGUAGCUGACUGACGGAUACUUGGUAGCGCUCCGGGCUGCAUUUUAGGAUGUGUGGUGAAGCCUGCAUUUUAUUUAAUUUUUUUACAUGUUACAAAUGUAUCAACGGGGCGUGGUCAUCUAUUUAGGGGCGGGUCAGAAGUGGUGUUAUAUCCAUGAGGUAGGACGUUUUUCAUUCAUGAUGUCACGAACAAAGAUGCUGCAGGAGGAUUUGCCACGGCCACCUGUUAGCGGGUUUUAAUUAAUAACAGUGUCAGGUCAGUGGAGAUGUGAGGGUGUCGACUCACACACACACACACACACACACACACACGCACACACACUGAGAAAAGGACAAGUGGCUGACAAAUGCGUACUUGUCCAGAAUAACAAUGAGACAGAUGGCAAACAGACACCAGCGCCAUCUUAAAAUAAAAGUGUUCCCUUGUGACAGCAUCCGAGCAGGAGAAGACGCGUCAGAGUGAGACAUCUUAGCGUAGAGGCAAAACAAUAAAAAAAUAAACACAUCACUUCGAGAAGUCUCCAAUUUUAGUCUCUCUCUCUCUCUCUCAAUACGGGCGAGACGGCAAAAAGUGUCCUCACAGUCCGACUGGUUUGAAUGUCUGAAUAUAUGAAUAAUUUACAGCUUCUCCAAAAGAUUUUUGGGGGCCUUUAAAAUGCAAAUAUAUUAGGCAAGGAAGGGGGAAAAAAGAGGCUUGAAGACAUUUAUAAUUCAUGUCUUGCGCAACUCACACAGAGGGUGACGUUAGCUGAUGCUAAAGCUAACCACAGGAGAUUAAUUAGCUUCUCGUUUGGAAAUGUGGAAAUGUUAAAGCGUUGAUAUUAGGUCAUAAAGUGUGUGUGUGUUUGUGAGAAGCCGCAAAUAAACUAUGUGAGCAUUUAAACCCUCUGAACCAUUGCAUGUUUACCAUAUCCCCGCAAUGACAGCUACUGUAUUUAUUAUCUGUUAAAUGUUUCAUUUUUUCAUUUUGACCCUCUCGUGUUACAAAAUAAGAUGGUCAAAAAGCCACCUAUGUGGAUGUUCUAGUAGAUUUUCUGCAAUAAGUUUUCAUUUGAGGACUACUUUGUUGUCAUGUCAGUAACAGGGCGAGUCUGCCCUCUAGUGGGAAGUUUGGGUGUUGCAGGUGUAGACAGUUGUGCCAUUUAAACGUCUAACAAACCAACAACACUUCUUCUUGUCCAUAAAACGUUACGUCUUCGUAAAAUCUUCAUAGCUUGUUGAUACAUGCUGCUAUUGAAGUUUAAAAAGAAAUCACUUUUAAUGUAUUUGUUAACGGCGUCGCUGUGUCGCGUGACAGCCCCGCCCACCGCGCGCACCAUUCCGAUGUGUAUUUAUUUUUCAAUUUUAUUUUAAUUUGACACUUCCUGAUGCAUUUACACAGCAGCAGAGGACAUGUUUGGCUACUGUUAGUGGUUGCCGUAACGUCCGGGCCGUUAAAGAGACAGGACCAUGCAGGACCAGAGGACCACGAUGGACGUCAGCACCGCCGUGCACGCUUCCUUCCACACCAGAAAAUCCACCAAGGCGGAGGACACGCGGGCUCAGAGUUCGGCGAGGCCACGCACGUCGCUGGGCGAGCUUUCAGUGAACGAGCAGCGCUGUCAGUCACAGAGUCAGGGAAGCUGUAGUUCCAGAGCCAGCCAGCACACUGACAGCUCCCCGUCAAUCACAGGCAGCCAUGACGGGCAUGACCAGGAGGCCGCUGAUGCUGAUGACGAACUUUCCCUCGGCGCUGAGGCUUCACACCUGAGAAAGGAAGAUGUGAGGCUUCUGCUGGAGCUCCCCUCAGGUUCGAGGCGCGACGAUGCUUUAACGUCCAACCCGGAGCACGCCCUGAGAUCCGUGGAAGUGUCACAGUACGUCAACGACAUCCACCGCCACAUGAGGGGCAAGGAGAUGGUGUUCCGACCAGCAGCACAGUACAUGGUUCAGCACCCGGAGCUCAGCGCUAGCAUGCGUGUCAUCCUGGUGGACUGGAUGGCGGAGGUGUCGCAGGUGUACAAGUUUGACUCGGAGACGCUGCACUUGGCCGUAAACUACGUGGACCGCUUCCUGUCGCGCACAGCCUACUUGGGGCGCAGCAGGCUGCAGCUGCUCGGAACGGCGGCGCUGCUCGUCGCCAUGAAAUACGAGGAGAUCCACGUGCGCGACCUGGAGGAGUUUGUGCACAUCACGGCCGACACGUACACCCAACAGCAGCUCAUCCACAUGGAGUUCCAGCUGCUGAGGGUGCUGCGCUUCAGGUUGGCCACGCCCACCUCCAACAGCUUCCUCCGCCUCUUUAUGUCCGUCCACCUCGUGUGCGCCAUCACCCAGAACCUCAGCCUGUAUCUCCUGGAGCUGAGUCUGCUGGAGAUGCAUCCUUUCCUUGACUACACUGCAUCCAUGAUGGCGGCCGCCGCACUCUGCCUUGCCAACUUCACCAUCAACAGAAGGCUCUGGCCUGGUUGCCUUGCUGACUUGACUGGGUACUUGUUGGAUGACAUCACACCGUGCAUGAGUGCUCUGCACAAGCUGCAUCUGAGCACUCAAACACAUCCCCAACAGGUCAUCAGGAACAAAUUCAAGAGAUCCAAGUUCUGCCAUGUCUCGUCCAUAUUUGCAGUCGCUGAGCUGCCUUCCCUGUGACUCACAGCGCCAACCUUCCUCUGCGAGAACACAACAAACCUGAUCAUCAAACAUGUCACACCCCUAUUGGGACAUUUUAAUUACACGAGUUUGUCUGCAAAUUUGAUAAAUAACACGUCCUGGUAUUUAGCGUACUCGUUAAACAUCUUCAUGUAUUUCCUCACAUCCACCUGUAAUCUGUAAUCUGUACCUUAAAAACAAAAACGUCAUCAGAAUGAAAUGCAAUGUACUAUAUGUAGCUUUUAUUGUGACAGCCGGAAGUGACGUACAAGCGUCAGGUGGAGGUGCGGCAGGUGCAGAAAAGUCUUUUUACAUACGACGCGCACGCGUUGACAGCAUGUUAAUGAACGUCGGGGAGUGAAAUAAGAGCGUCUUUUUUUAAACGACGUAAAGUUUUGUUUCAGUAUUUUGAGGAAGGAAGUCAUUUUUACAGUCGAGGUGAGUUCGAGUUGUGUUAUUUCACCUCGCUAUAGUUUGGUGUUUUGUUGAACGUGUUCACCUUUUACUGUUUGUUUGCCGAAAAGCAAAGCUUGUUUAGAUUAAAUAUUUGCAAUAACUAA